CCACUAUAUUGCGCGCCUGGGAAACGCCACUGUUUCAAACUCUUGACAGUUCAUCGAGGAACGUAAACAAUAAAAAAAAAAAAGUUUGCGGACAAGUAAAGCAAAGUAGAAGUGCGCACAGAGACUGACAUUUGAAAAAUCUUCAUUAAAAUAAUAGCGCUAAUAACCGCAAAGGGGAUAUGGUGUUGGACAUGUGAAUUAUAGGAGUUACUACUACCUUUCUGCCCAAAAUGAAGCUGGCGUCUUCUCCGUGUUUGUUUGGCUUUCUUCUGACUUCAGUCGUGUUUCGGAUGAGCACCUCUCAGUCAGUGUGCACUGGGACGGAAAACAAGCUGAGCACCCUGUCAGACCUGGAGCAGCAGUACCGCACCCUGCGCAAGUACUACGAGAACUGCGAAGUCGUCAUGGGCAACUUGGAGAUCACCAGCAUCGACCGCAGCCGAGAUCUCUCCUUCCUGAGGUCAAUCCGGGAGGUGACUGGAUAUGUGCUGGUGGCCCUCAACCAGUUUGACUAUUUGCCUCUGGAGAACCUCCGUAUUAUCCGCGGCACUAAGCUCUAUGAAGACCGCUAUGCCUUGGCCAUCUUCCUCAACUACCGGCGCGAUGGAAACUUUGGGCUUCGCCAACUUGGUCUCAAGAACCUCACAGAGAUCCUCCAUGGCGGUGUGUAUGUGCACAACAACAAGUUCCUGUGCCACGCGGACAUCAUCCACUGGCAGGACAUUGUGAAGAGUGCCCCCUCUGAUCACCUGGAGGUGCCUAAAAACAGCAGCAACACAUGCCCUAGGUGUCAUUCUUCCUGUUACGGCCGUUGCUGGGGACCAAAAGAGGACCAGUGCCAGACCCUGACCAAGACGCUCUGUGCUGAGCAGUGCGAUGGCCGCUGCUUCGGCCCCUAUGUGAGUAACUGCUGCCAUCGGGAGUGUGCUGGAGGCUGCUCAGGACCAAAGGACACCGACUGCUUUGCCUGUACUAAUUUCAAUGACAGCGGAGCAUGUGUGACCCAGUGCCCUCAGCCUCUGGUCUAUAACCCAAACUCCUUCCAGCUGGAGCAGAACCCAGCCGCCAAGUACACGUAUGGAGCCUUCUGCGUCAAAAAGUGCCCACAUAACUUCGUGGUGGACCACAGCUCAUGUGUCCGAGCCUGUCCAAGCAGUAAGACAGAAGUGGAGGAGAAUCGGGUCAAAAAGUGUAUUCCUUGUACCAGCAUCUGCCCCAAAGCAUGUGAUGGCAUUGGCACAGCCAGCCUGCAGACUGCUCAGACUGUGGACUCUAGCAACAUUGACCGCUUUAUCAAUUGCACUAAGAUUAACGGCAACCUGGUGUUCCUCAUCACUGGUAUCAAGGGGGACUCUUAUCAUAACAUCAAGCCUCUGGAUCCAGAGAAGCUCAGCGUAUUCCGAACUGUCAGGGAGAUCACAGGGUUCCUGAACAUCCAGUCUUGGCCAGAGAACAUGACCGAUCUCAGUGUGUUCUCCAACUUGGCAACCAUUGGUGGCAGAUCCCUUUACAGUGGCAUCUCUCUGCUGGUGCUGAAGCAGCAGUGGAUCUCCUCCCUCCGGCUCCAGUCGCUACGUGAGAUCAGUGCCGGCAAUGUCUACGUGACCAACAACAGCCAGCUUUGCUACUACAACACGGUCAACUGGACCAGCCUUUUCCGCACCAACACACAGAAGGUCCUCGUCCGCAACAACCGCGACCCCAGAGAAUGCACCAAUAGGCGCAUGGUGUGUGACCCGCUGUGCUCAGAUGCUGGGUGCUGGGGCCCGGGGCCCAACCAGUGUCUGUCCUGCCGCUACUUCAGCAGAGGACACACCUGUGUGGAGUCCUGCAACCUCUACGGCGGGGAUGUGCGUGAGUUUGCUAAUGGCUCGGUGUGUUUGGAGUGUGACCCUCAGUGUGAGAUGUCCGAGGAUGAGUCUCUGACCUGCACUGGACCGGGACCUGAUCACUGUGUGAAAUGCCGACACUUCAAAGACGGCCCCAACUGUGUGGAGAAAUGCCCUGAUGGAGUGCAGGGAGCCAACAGCUUCAUCUUCAAAUACGCCGAGGCCAACAACGAGUGCCACCCCUGCCACGCCAACUGCACUCAGGGGUGUCUUGGACCCCGACUACAAGACUGCAUUGGCAUCAUGGACAGGACUCCUCUGAUUGCGGCUGGGGUGAUUGGUGGUCUGUUUGUAGUGGUAAUUGUGGGUCUGAGUGUGGCCGUGUCCCUGCGCCGCAAGAACAUCAAGAAGAAGCGAGCCCUUCGCCGUUUCCUGGAGACCGAGCUGGUGGAGCCGCUGACCCCAAGUGGAACAGCCCCCAACCAGGCCCAGCUGCGCAUCCUUAAGGAGACGGAACUCAAGAGGGUCAAGAUCCUGGGCUCGGGAGCCUUUGGGACUGUCUACAAGGGCAUCUGGGUGCCAGAGGGAGAGACGGUGAAGAUCCCGGUGGCCAUUAAGAUCCUGAAUGAGGCCACCGGACCCAAAGCCAACGUGGAAUUCAUGGACGAGGCUCUGAUCAUGGCCAGUAUGGAGCACCCCCACCUGGUGCGUCUGCUGGGCGUGUGCCUGAGCCCCACCAUCCAGCUGGUAACGCAGCUCAUGCCGCACGGAUGCCUGCUGGACUACGUCCACGAGCACAAGGACAACAUCGGCUCCCAGCUGCUGCUCAACUGGUGUGUCCAGAUCGCCAAGGGCAUGAUGUACCUGGAGGAGAGGAGGCUGGUACACAGAGACUUGGCUGCGAGGAACGUGCUCGUCAAAUCCCCCAACCACAUCAAGAUCACAGACUUCGGCCUGGCGCGCCUCCUGGACGCCGACGAGAAGGAGUACAACGCAGACGGGGGAAAGAUGCCAAUCAAGUGGAUGGCCUUGGAAUGUAUCCACUACAGAAAGUUCACCCACCAGAGUGAUGUGUGGAGCUACGGAGUGACCAUCUGGGAGCUGAUGACUUUUGGAGGGAAGCCGUAUGACGGAAUCCCCACCCGCGAGAUCCCAGACCUGCUGGAGAAGGGCGAGCGUCUGCCCCAGCCUCCCAUCUGCACCAUCGAUGUCUACAUGGUCAUGGUCAAAUGCUGGAUGAUCGACGCCGACAGCAGGCCCAGGUUUAAGGAGCUUGCCGGAGAGUUCUGCAGAAUGGCCCGUGACCCACAGCGCUACCUGGUGAUCCAGAACAAGAGGCUGAGUCCAGAUGGACUGGCCAGGCCUAAUGCUGGUGUUGACGAGUUCCUGGUGUCCGUUCAGGGGGAUGACCGCAUGAAGCUGCCCAGUCCCAAUGACAGCAAGUUCUUCCAGAGCCUUCUGGACGAGGAGGAGCUGGAGGACCUGAUGGACGCUGACGAGUACCUGGUGCCCCACGGCCUCAACAUCCCACCUCUGGCCUACACCCCUCGCACACGCAUGGACUCCAACCGGAACCAGUUUGUGUACCAGGACAGCAGCUUCGGCAGGGAGGAGAUGAUGAUGACCAUCCCUCGGGUGGUGGCCGUGACGGCCCUGUCACCUGCGUGCUCCUCCGUCACCGACUCGUCCGUGACCCCCAGCACCGCCUCCGAGGCCUUCCCGGACCCCCGCUGCAACGGAACCCUGCGCAAGCAGCCGCAGCAGCCCUUGGUGAGGCCCGGUCCGCCGGAGGAUAGCAACGGCCAGCGCUACAGCGCCGACCCCACGGUGCUGCUGGGGGAGCGGGCAGGCAGGGGUGAGACGGACGAGGAUGGCUACAUGACCGCCACACAGGACAAGAACCCCACAGACUAUCUCAACCCUGUGGAGGAGAACCCCUUUGUCACACGCCGCAGGAACGGAGACGUCCACGGAGUGGAUGGCCAGGGGUAUCACAGCGCCCCCAACGGGCAGCCCAAGGUAGAGGAUGAGUACGUCAACGACCCGCUCUACCUCAACACCUUCCACAACUCUGGAGAGAAGAGCCAGGACGCUCUUCGGAAGAACGGCAUUCCUCUAUCUCACAUGGUCGCGGGUGGCGGAGGGGCCACUCUUGGCCCCCAGCACCCCAUCCAGGCUGGCCAUCCACCGCACAGUGGUCAGACGGAACACCCCAUUCGCCCGCACCUGCUCUCGCAGCCUCCCUACCCGGCCCCUCCGUCUCUCAGCGCGCUCUCCAGCCACACGCUGCACCCGGCCCAUGCCGGACACACGCUCCACCCCGCGCACACCGGCACCAUCAUGGCCGACAAGAAGCCCAAAAAGACCUUCGACAAUCCCGAGUACUGGCAGCACAGUCUUCCCCCCAAGGCCACCCUGCACAACCCCGAGUACCUGCAGGACUGCAGCACGCGCUUCUUCUACCGGCAGAACGGACGCAUCCGGCCCGCUGUGGCCGAGAACCAGGAGUACCUGUCGGAGUUCGCCCUCAAACCCGGGACUGCACUGCCACCCCCGCCCUACAGACAGAGGAACACUGUGGUGUAGCCGGCUCAGGGGCUGGUGGUGACUGAGAAGGGGGAGGGAGGAGGCAGGGGGGCAGGAGAAGGCUAGAGUUGGAUACUCCUCCAUGAACUGGGACUUCCACCAGAGCCAAACUCUAUCUUACCAGCGAGACCAGGACUGACACUUCAACCCUCCACUGUUCCAGAGAUGAUCCACCAUCCACUAUGUCCAGUGGCCAUGGCAACAUGAUACAUCAGUCCAUCGCUCCCCGUUUCUCCUGUUCCCUUCCUCACUCCAGCUCACCUGCCCCCAUGAACUGAGGAUCCUCUCAAUGAUGACUUUUCCAAAACUGGAUGCUCUCCUUGCGGUGUGGUCAGUGAGACACACUAAAUGCUAGAGGUACUGGCCAGUAGGUGAUGCUGGCUACUGACUUCAUCCCACAGGGAGGUGACACUGACAAAACCUGUUGCUAUUACCAAGGACAGGUAAAGGAACGGGGAGCAAAUCCUGGAAAGAGUGGCACAUACCUGCAUCUGGCACAUAGCAUAUAUAUUCUCCUCCUGUGUUUUGGAAAAGCACUUUCUGAGUACAAACUCAAGUCCUGUAGUAAUAUAUGACUGUAGGCAUUUAGUAGUAGCAAUCACAGUCAUCUUUUUGUAAUCACAGUCACAGCCUGUGGUCACUCCACACAGGUGGCUGUGCGGGGGUCUUACGCCGGGUCACACAUGGAACUCUGAGGACUAUCUCCUUACCUCUGCAUCCACACUGCUGCCACCAUCUCCAUGCUGAAUACAUUCCAACAGAGGAUGCAUCGGAAAGUGAUCGAUAUUAUUUAUCUGUUUUCGCUGUGGCGCCUUUAUAAUCGUCCUGUAUAAAAGACCUGAUGUACAGGCAGCACUGGGAGAUGUAUCCACUUGUGGAUUUUUUCUGAGUUGUCAAACAACAACACUGUUCUGGCUUGAGAUUAAGAUCACAGCAACGCUUGGAAUGGGUGCCAUUACUCCAAUGUCCACGACUCCCACAAUCGGUCACCAUCAUAGAACAUUCACAAAACUCCACAUGUCUACCAUAUGAAUCUGUAUUCUUAUAAAGAAUCCCAUCAUUUCUAUUCGUAAUGCUAUCGGUAUUGCCAGUGAUGCUUGUCUAUAUUUAUACUGCUGGCUGUAGAUCACCAAUCAUAUGAGAGAUGUAGUUCAUCCAUGUAAAGAGGAACAAGCAGGGGUCAACCAGUAGGACCCACACCCAUUCUAAGGUGGAGGGAUAAACAGUGAAUCCACUGACCUGGAGACAUGUACGGCACUGCACAGUCACACCAAACUCAAACAGGAAAUAAAACCUAGCAGAAAUGUCUCCAGUGCACUCCAUCUUAGACCCAUUGUGGAGUCGUGCAUGGGCAAUGUGCUGGAGGCCUUGGCACGGCGUGACAUCCGUAGCGUCCGUCUGGGCCUGGCUAGAGUGGCGCGGGGGAUGAUAACUGGGUAAUAGUGUGCACCAGAGAGAGGGCCUGGGCAGCCAUGGUGUGGUGGCGAUGAGAAAUGAUGUGCCAUUAUCAAUGCUCAUCAAGCCAAGAUUAGCCCGCCACCUGCCACCAGGCCUUGCCAUCAUCAGGAGCUAUUUCCAGUGUUUUGUCACGGGCCGGGCCACUGGGGUAGCGAGGGGGUUGUAUUUCCAACUGGUAAAGAAUGGACAGAGUGUAAAAAAAUCAUCAUGACA